AUGUGUCGGCUCUCGUUGACAGUUGUUUCUGCCCUAAUGCCCCCAAGUUUCGAGAAAGUGAAGAGCUUCGUCGGGGWUUCGAGAGGUGCGAUCUUCAAGGACAAGAGUUUGGCUCUGCUGAUGAAAUUCUUCAAGCUUGUUGAACAAUACUUGGUUUCGACUACCGAAAUCGAUGAGUCGACACUUCUUCUGUGUAGGAUCAUCUUGUAUGCCAUUGCAAAAACUUGUAGAGAUUCACUUAAGACCAAAGAGGGGAUUGAUCGAUUGGCUCUAUACAUUACAUCUAUUGGCAGAUUUUCAAACUCAGUGGAGGCYUUGAUAUAUCCAAUUUAUGGACAAGGAGAACUUCCACAAGCCUUUUGUCGUCGAGCUGAUGUCAAAAGAUGCAUCUAUGAAACUGGGGGUUACAAAGGGCAGAAAGAAACUCUUCGGGUUCUUGUCCCAAAGGUGAUAAGCAGUAAGGGGAAAAUAGCAAGAGGAAUAUGUAUCAUUAGAGGUUUUGUGAAAGCUGAUACAUUAAGCGCUCUUAUCGUAUAUCCACCGAAAUCUUUGUUUCCUGAACAGUUACCUACAAUCCGGAUUCUACAGCUUGGUAGUGGUUUAGCGAACGGUGAGAAUCAUGCAUACGUGAAGAUCCAUCUCAGAGCUGAAGAUGUACAAGGAAGGAAUUUAUUGACCCAACAGACAGCUACACCUUGA